CAUUAUUGUAUACCUAAAUGAUCUGUCCCCGCUGAGGACUGAAUUCCCACAACUGUACCGGACACCGGAGGCGGUGAUUCAGCUCUUUCACAAGUCUCCUCGAGUUGUCUCGGGACGGAUUCAUCACCCCGGUAAAGAAGGAACGGCUCCUCCCCGCUCACGACCGGCAGCUGUCACAUGGCUAAAUAUGUCUGGAGUUGGACCCGCUGUCUGAAGACGUGAUACACACUUCGUUUCUCUCCACCGGAGCUGCGAGUCCCCGGUAGAGUUAAGUUCAUUACUCUACGGAGGCGAAAAGAGGAACCGGGCCAAAAGUUGACCAUGUGACUCGGUGUUACUUCCCGCAGACGGACCUGUUUCUCCCGGUUAAUUUAACGCUCCUGUCGUGGGCUACUUUGUGUUUACGUGUUUUGUCGCUGCUUCAGGACAGCUGUUGUUGACGUAAAGCGACUACCGUUACGUCGGUAAGUUAACACCUCGCUCUGACGUUGAACUUUCCGUGUGAAAUGUUUAGGAUAAUGUUAUUUACCGACGUCCACCGAUCUAAAUACAUGAAUUAGAAGUGAAAGUUAAACAUGUUUGUUUCGCUUUUAAGUUGUACUUCGAUUAGUUAAGUUUCAACAACACAACAGCAAGACUUUUUAAUACCAGUUACCCGUUUAGUGAGUGACAGCUCUCCGGUGCCAAAACGGACUCCACCGGGAAAGUUAACAGGGACCAACAUACACACUGGCUCUCUAGGAUCAACACACAGAGACACCUGGGAUUGAUUUUUAUGACAUCAUGAUUGGAUCUCCUGAUGUGCUGGCCUUCACCAGUGAAGGGGAUUUGGGGGGGUACCCAGACGUCCAGGUCCUGCCAGAGGAGUUCUCCCUCCCUCUCCUUCCCCUCUCUCACCCCUGGACCUCCCCUGCCCAUUUCAACAGGGACUUCAUACUGGUGGCUGAGUUCUCAGAACAGGUGGGUCCCCUACCGGUCCGGACCAUCCCUGAUGACCCCAGAGUGAUCGGUUCCUUCGACCUGAACCAUUUCUCUCUACGCAUCAUGUCUGUCGACUACCAAGCCGCAGCCCCUGGUCCUCAGCCACACCACCAGACAGCUAGUCCUUCCCUCCAGACCCUCCCCCGUCUGGCCUUCUCAGAGGACUCCAGGGUGGUUCUGGGUGACUCUAAGGAGGGGGCGUUUGCCUACGUUCACCACCUGACGCUCUAUGACCUGGAGGCCCGAGGCUUCGUCCGCCCGUUCUGCAUGGCCUACGUCUCUGCCGACGAGAGGAAGAUCAUGCUGCAGUUCCAGGAGCUGUCGCUCCGCUUCUCCCGCGCCUCCGAGUGCCUGAAGACCGGAAACCGACGGGCCUUUGCCUGCGAGCUGCAGAGGAAGCUUCAUGACCUGGAGUACACACGAUCCAUCCUUCAAGCAGCGCUUCAAAGGAUAUCCAAUGAGAGUGCGGAGAUCAGGGAGGAGGCGGAGCUGCAGAAGACGGCCAACGAGCUUGCUAGCGUGGAUCGUUCCAUCCUGGACCACAGAUCGCUCCUCCACCAGGUCACUUCCUAUCCCAACAGGAAGUUAAAAGACCCAGGCUUUCUGCCCUACGACCCCUCCCUGAUCCCAGAGACCCUCCCCUUGACUCCUGAUCCCCCCUCCCCCUCAUACACCCCCCAGCUGGUUUCCGGGGCAUCGCUAGGGGGCGGGGGCUGGUCAGCGAGGCGGUUCGACCGCCGUCUGAAGCCGUUGGAGGAGCUGAGCGACUGCUACUUCCUGUCUCUGACGCUAGAACAGCUGGGCAACGCAGAACGCCGUCUCCGUGGAGACCAGAGUGUUCUACACAACCGUCGCAUCACACACAGGCUCUCCAGGACGCUUUCACACACACAGUUCCUGUUCCAGCUCUGGGACCAGGAGGAGGAGGAGGACCUGGAGGAGGAGGGGGCGGGGCUAGAGGGAGGAAGCGGUGUGAUGUCACAUCCUGUGGUGGGGGCGGGACCACAGAGCCUGGAGUCGUUCUUCUCCUGUGUGGAGGAGGUGUCAAUCAAACUGGAGACAGGAAGUGGAGGGGCGGAGCCGACACUUGAUCCUGAGGGAGAAGGAGUAACCGCGGAGACGAGACCAGGCAGUGUGAGCAGUGGAGACAGCAUUGAGGUUCUGGGGACGGAGCGCUCCUAUAGAACACAGGGACUAACCCACAUGGAACUCAGAGAGUUGUCUGGUGGGUUGGGUCAGGGUGAAGGCUGUGAUGUGGUGCGGAGUUGUGCCCCUGCGGAGGUGUGGAUGAGACGUGACGUGCGGUCCCUGGCACGGAGGGCGAACAGUGAGGACAGUAUUGAGAUCAUCAGCACCUCAGACUCCAUCUUCCCCGACGACCUCAUCUUCAACGCCAUCACAGAGGAGGAGCCUGAGGAGCAUGGAAUCAUGGGUAGUGUAAUCCAGGAAGAGGAGGAGGAGGAGGCAGCAGGUGAGGACACGCCCAUUCAGCAGCACAGCACCCUGGGUAUUGUAGUUCACGAGGAGGAGGAGCAAACUCGGCACCAAAGAAUCCUGGGUAAUAUAGUCCAGACGGAGGGAAAGGAGGAGCUAGAGGACACUCCCACUCGGCUGCACCGCACCCUGGGUAUUGAAGUCCGGGAAUUGGAGGAGGAGAAGCCAGAGAGAUGGGACACUCCGGCCCCCUUGUCUGAGCCCCAGAGAACUCUGGUCCACCAGGUGUCAGUAGAGGGCUCCUCCCAGCAGUACGAGGGUCACCAUGCCAACGGCGAGGUCAGAGGUCAGGCUGGGCGUGACAGCAGGCGGGUGGUGGUGCCUGACCUCCAGGUGAACUUUUCUAUCCCCUUGAGGUUAGAUGUUAGAGGUCGGGGGUCAGGGGGGCGGCGGUUGCUAGGCGACACCGCUUACAGGCUGAGUGUAGACGAGGCAUCGGACUGUAUGAGCAACAUCAGCACCUCUCCAUCUUCCUCUCUGCCCCCCACACAUCUCCAUGGCAACCACAGCGCUAGUAAUCCGCGACGACAUCAGCGCCAGAGGAGGAAGGCGGGUCCUGGAGCCCUCAGGUUCCUGCGGCAGAAUUCCUUCUCCCAGAAUGCUGUGUUCUGCCUGCUAAGUGGACGGCCGCUGGUGGUGAUUGGUGGAGAGGAGGCUUCCGUGAGGAGGACGGUCGCUGCCCUCUCGCUCUAUCUGCCUUCACCUGGUCGCUAUGGAGAUGCUGUGCAGCCUUACUUGGCCACGCCUCUUCAGCUGACAGACCUGCUCACCUGGAGACUCAUUGGAAUCCACAGGACGUCUCCUACAGCUCCCAGCAUGCUUCACUCUCUGGCUCGUUACGGACGGUACCUGGCCGUGCUGGACCUGGACCAGCGUACACUGAGAAGCCCCGCCUACCACGGACACCUCAUUGGCCGGCUGGCCAACCCCCACACUCUGAUAGGUCGUGGCAGCACCUACCUUCUCCACGUGGAGAGCUGCCUCGCUGAGCUGACCGCUAAGGCUUUCCUGUUCUCCUGUUCUCCUGACCUUUCAACUCUAACAUCGGGUAGAGCUCAGAGUUCACCUGGGGGUCAGGCACCCCCCAUCUGCCACAGCCACUCUGACCUCCAGCUUCCCAGCCUCCCCAGGGAGGACGAUGACUUCACGCUGACUCAGCGUCGCAGGGACUUCCUAUGUGGGCGGGGUUUCAGCGGGGAGGAUGACCUCCGGGUGAUGCACUUCCUGUCUGACCUCAUCAAACAGCACCACGCAGGAAGUGGUCCUCCGGCCCUCCGCUUCUCCUACAGUGCCGUCCCUUUACAUAGAAAUAUCACAACAUAGAUAUACAGCCCUGUCCCUUUACAUAGAAAUACCACAACAUAGAUAUACAGCCCUGUCCCUUUGCAUAACUAAAGCAUUUCUUCCAUACUGUAUCCUGUCUACACUGUGAAAGGAAGGAUCCAGAGUGCAUCUCUAAUGCUACCCUGUUCCCUAUAUAGUGCACUACCCUGUUCCCUAUAUAGUGCACUACUUACUAGUAGUGUACUAUGUAGGGAAUAGUGAGCUGUUUGGGAAGGAGCCCCUGUGUAUGUGAAUGGUUCUGUUGCUGAAUGUAAUCAAUGUAAACAAUAACGUGACACAGCUAUACCUCCAACACCACCUAAACACCCCCCCUCUCCAACACCACCUAAACACCCCCCCUCUCCAACACCACCUAAACACCCCCCCC